CGCUUACUCCCACCCCGCGCCCGCCCGGAGGCGCCACACGGCGCCCAGAGUCCAGCAUCCUGCCGAGGCCCUUUCUCUGUCCCUCCGCUGCCUCGCCCAUCACGCCUCGGGCCCUCUUCGCCUCUCUUCCCAUCAGCAUCCAGCCCCCACAUCCAGCCGGCACCGCUUCGUCCUCGCCUCGCCCUGUCCUCUCGCGCCCGGUGUCCCCCGCUGCCAUGAACCCCCCUGUCAGGAAGAGCAGCUCCCUGGCCCCCUUCCUAAGGCAGCUGCGCAGCCUGGGGCAGCUCCCCAGACCUGUGCCGUUGCCGGCCUGUCAGACCCCCGCGCCAGGGGAGGUGCCCCGCUGCCCGUUGGCAGGGCCACGGGAUGCGCGGAGCGCAGCUGCCCUGCCCGGCCCCACCAACUGGCCACUCUUGGGGAGCCUGCUGGAGAUUCUCUGGAAAGGGGGUCUCAAGAAACAGCAUGCCACGCUGGCGCAGCACCACAAGAAGUAUGGCAAGAUUUUCCGCAUGAAGUUGGGGUCCUUCGACUCAGUGCACCUGGGCUCGCCGUGCCUGCUGGAAGCGCUGUACCGCACCGAGAGCGCGUACCCACAGCGGCUGGAGAUCAAACCGUGGAAAGCGUACCGGGAUUACCGCCAGGAGGGCUACGGGCUGCUGAUCCUGGAAGGGGAAGACUGGCAGAGGGUCCGGAGUGCGUUUCAAAAGAAGCUGAUGAAACCGGUGGAAAUAAUGAAGCUGGACAGCAAAAUCAAUGAGGUCUUGGCUGAUUUUAUGGAUAGACUAGAUGAGCUCUGUAAUGAGCAAGGCUGCAUUGAAGAUUUAUACAGUGAGCUGAACAAGUGGUCGUUUGAAAGUAUCUGUCUGGUGCUCUACGAGAAGAGAUUUGGACUCUUCCGGAGGAACACAGAGGAGGAAGCCUUGAACUUCAUCCUGGCCAUCAAAACAAUGAUGAGCACGUUUGGGAGGCUGAUGGUGACUCCAGUGGAGCUGCACAAGGGACUCAACACCAGAGUGUGGCAGGCCCACACGCAGGCCUGGGACACCAUCUUCAAGUCAGUGAAGUCUUGCAUCGACAACCGGUUAGAGAAACACGCGGAGCGACCCUCUGAAGACUUCCUCUGUGACAUUUAUCACCGCAAUCAGCUUUCCAAGAAGGAAUUAUAUGCUUCGGUCACAGAGCUGCAGCUGGCUGCAGUGGAGACGACAGCAAACAGCUUGAUGUGGAUUCUCUACAACCUAUCUCGCAAUUGCCAUGUGCAACAAAAGCUUCUCAAGGAAAUUCAGAGUGUGCUGCAUGAAAACCAGAUCCCCCGGGCAGAGGAUUUGAGGAAUAUGCCAUAUUUAAGAGCCUGUCUGAAAGAAUCUAUGAGGCUGACUCCCAGUGUGCCGUUCACCACUCGGACGCUGGACAAGCCCACGGUUCUGGGUGAAUAUGCUUUGCCCAAAGGAACCGUGCUGAUGCUAAAUACCCAGGUGCUGGGAUCCAAUGAAGAAAGUUUUGGAGAUUCAAGUCAAUUUAGACCUGAACGAUGGCUUGAAGAGAAGCAAAGGAUCAAUCCUUUCGCCCACCUCCCGUUCGGCAUCGGGAAAAGGAUGUGCAUAGGGCGCCGACUAGCAGAACUCCAGCUCCUUCUCGCUGUCUGCUGGAUUGUCCGCAAAUACGACAUCGUGGCCACGGACCACGCGCCUGUGGAGACGCUGCACCUGGGCAUCCUCGUGCCCAGCCGGGAGCUGCCCAUUGCUUUCCACCAGCGGUAGACCCCAGAUUUUUUUUUUACUGAGACCAGGGGCCACAAUUUUUAAUUUCCCGCAAGGCUGGUGCUUAUGAUUUCUGCAGGACCAGAAGAAAGUUUCCAAAAAAUCAGAGCAAGAAGUAACAUUUAAAGAAGACGUAAGACCUGGUGUUCAGGCUUUCAUCUGCACAAUUGAUCCAGAAGCCCUAUGCCUACGUACAUGCUGGCCUUCAUUAAGAUCAUACCCAUCAGCAGGCUGAGAGUUUGGAAUCCAGGUGCUCCGAGGUGCCUAUCCUGACUCAUAAUAAAAUGGCCCAGGGUCCUGCUUCCUCCAGCCCCUCCCUGCAUGAAAAGCAGGCUGGGUACUUGUGAGUUCAUUAUGUGCAAGCUUCUACAUGUUUCUGCCCACACCCUGUCAAAGCCAGCUUUUCUUCUUCACUUCUCAAGAAUGAGCUUAGAUUCCAAAAUGAAAGACCUAUGGCAGCUGAAUUAUAUCAGGGAUUGAGUAAAAACAAUACUCCAUCUGUUGGAACUCAGUGUUCAGCAAAUACCUGCUUAAUAACUCCAGCAAAGCUAAAUGUGAGUUGAAGGUAGCAAGCCCCGUGACAUUGCAUUUUUGCUUGUUGAAAUAGAAAUAGAACUGGGAAUGAGCCAGUACCUCUGUUUCAAGAAUUACUUUAAGGAAUCCUGAAAUUAUUUACUCCAUGUAUUUCCUUUCAGUGUUAAUGAGGGGCUCGAUCUUUUAAAACUGUGCAAGUGUAUGUGUGUGUUCUAAUGGUAAACUGCUUGUUGUUGUUGUUUUUUAAUAUACAUAAUAGUUGAUUUAGAAUCUGUGGCUUGACUUCCAAAGUUCAGCUACUCCUUCAAAAUAUUCAGUGUAAUCCUAAGAAAGUGAAUUCCAUGCUUUAAAUUUCCCAUCUGCAGAAUGGGGCAGUGUCAGGCAUCGUCUAAUUAACUGUAUGAACAUUUGGUAUGUGACUUGAAUUCAUUGGGGAAAGUGAAUUCAGAAAUGAAAAAUACAUAGAGAACUUUGCAAUAUUUUCAAAACAUGCCUAAAGAUUGUGUUUACAUACAAUAUAUUUGCACAUUUUCUACUACUGCUUUUCC